CAUCACUCAACGCGCCACUCCUCUUUCAUCUCAUCUUCACUCGUUUCUCUUCCCAUUACCCCCGGCUCAUGCGCUGAUAUGCUCCUGCUCGACGCUGGCGCUGUCGCCACCGCUCUCGGGUAUGCGAGCAUCGGCUGCUGGUUGUGCGCUCAGCUACCACAAGUCAUCAAGAACUGGCAGCUCGGGUCGUGCGAUGGCCUCAGCUUUCCAUUCCUCAUUACCUGGCUCUUUGGCGAUCUUACCAACCUCGUCGGCUGCAUCCUCACCGACCAGCUGCCUUUCCAGACUUAUCUCGCGACAUACUUCUGCUUUGUCGACAUAACUCUCGUGUGCCAGUACUUCUACUACACGAAGAAGUCGGCGCCGGUGCUCAAGCCUGCCUCUCCGCUUGCUUCGACGACAGCGCUUCGUCAUGUCGCUUCUCAUCCACCAACCACUUCGCCAACGGCAACACAGACUGCCUCUCUAGGGCGUGCUGCCAGCGGGCGUGGGCGCAAGCGCGCCCAGAUCGUCGUUCCUCAGCAUGGCCACCCCCAUACCAUUACGGAGAGCCCUGUGUAUGCGGGCCCUUCCGACUCGGUCGAGGCAUUGUACGCCGCUGCUCUAGACGUCGCGCGUGCGGCCGAGCGCGUAUCUCUCCGCCGUUCCAACUCGGGACGCCCGCGCAUGCGUCACGCUGCUACAGCACCACAAGAGGAUGGCGGGCUCUUUGACAGUUUUCAUUCCGAGACGAGCCUGCAUUCCGCGUCGACUGACGACGAUGACCGCGCGUACCAUCGCAUGACCCAAAGCACAGGCUCGCUGCUGCACCGUGGGCGCAGCCUAACCCGGAUACGCGGACCAACAAGCGGGACCGCGACGCCCAUACAUGAGGGUGAGGACCGCCUCGACGAGCUCCCCGAGUCGGGCAUGGUCGAGAUACGGCGUGGGCGGCGCUCCACCAGCCGCAGUCAGAGCGCUGCGCGUGCCGCAAGAGGAACAGGUCGUCGCGCCGCUACAGUGGCGUUCAUGAGUCUUGGCCUUUUGGCAUGGCGCACCACUCCGACAGUGCGGAUGUUCGCUGCACCAGCAGGGACAGGUCAUGUAGUCACACGCUUUGAGCAGGCCCCGCCGCAAGCGUCGCCAUCGUUCCCCCUCCACGUCCAUCCAAUCCCUUUUCCCUUCCCCGAAGCCACAACCACACAGCUUCUGUGGUUCGAUGCACCCGAGUCCGAGCCCGGCAAGGGUCGGAAGGAGCGCCCCAAGCCUCCUGCGAUUAGCUGGCAGGAGGCAAUUGGGCGCAUCUCGGCAUGGUGCUGUACGACGCUGUACCUUUCCUCGCGACUGCCACAGAUCUGGAAGAAUUUCCAGCGCAAGAGUGUUGAGGGUCUAUCGAUCCUACUUUUCCUCUUCGCAUUUCUCGGCAACACUUUCUACGUAGCAAGCAUCUUGCUCAUGCCCGUGAAGCCAGACGAGUACUCGCACUACCUGCUCCGCUCGUUGCCCUACCUUCUCGGCUCGGGCGGCACCUUGCUGUUUGAUCUCACAAUCAUGCUGCAGGCAUGGCUGUACGGGAGCGCGCCUCCAUUACCGCCUCCGCGCACGCCGCUUGACCGGCCCCGCCGCACUUUGUCUUACGGCGCCAUCCCUCGACGGCGACGACACGUCGAGGACGGCCAGCCGCACGAGCGCUCCCGCCUGCUUGGCGGGGGAAGUCCGAUGCGGUCGGCCACGGAGCCGAUGCGCCCGCCCGCGUCACGUCUUAAUAGCAUUGACAUGGGGACGGCGGGCAGUGGGCCAGGGACGGGGUCUGGUGGACCGUCCGCCGCGCCAUCUGCGCCGCAUUCUGCGGGCAACAGCGGCAUAUCGGGCGGCGCAUUAGGCGUCAAGCUGUAUGGAGACACUCGGUAGAUGUUGUAGAGGAGAUAUGGCAUGGCAUAGUUUGGAG